AUGUAUGCUUUCUUUUGGGCUGGGUCUACUGAUAGGCCUGAUCCUACUGGUUUUAUCAUACCGGAUGAAAAUGGCCUCAUACAACCUCUUAAGGCCUAUAGUAAUCAAAACCUGGUUCUAAAACUUCCUGAUGGGAAAACUCUGAAGGAUAUUCGUUGGCUGGCCGUUUGGUGCAGGAAGUUUAGAGCUAACUUUGGAGAUAUCUACGUGGACAGCAAAACUGAACUUCCCAAGUCAGCUAAGAUUGGCCCCUUGACUCAUACAGCACAUGGAGUAUCAUCUGAGCCAAUAAUGGUCAUGGACGCCCAAACCUUCAUUGUUCCUAACUUUAAAUACGACGGACAGGGACCUGCCGCCUAUUGGUGGGUUUCAAGUGGAUCUCAACAAAACGGUCUCGGAACUCAACUUACAGAUGAAAAAAACAGUGAAGCACCGUUGAAAAGAUACAAUGGUAAAACGGUAGUGAUAAGUCUUCCGGACGAUAAAACCAUCUAUGAUUAUGACUGGUUUGGAGUUUGGUGUGAAGAAUUCAGCGUCGACUUUGGGCACGUAAGAAUCCCACACGACAUCAGAGUUCCGCCCUCUCUGCAUUUGCUUGGUGUGAAGUCUGAGAAUAAAUUAAACUGUGAGAUCCUACAAGAUGGUCUGGGGUUAGAACUCCGAUGGGUAAUGGAUGGUGGAGACACAGUGAUGCAGCUCGUUGGAAGAAUUGGUGAUGGAGAUUAUAUGGCUUUCGGACUUAGCAAAGAUGACAGCAGGACUGAGAUGGUGAAUGCAGAUGUCAUAGUAACGUGGAUUGACAGUGGUGGUCAAGGUCACGCCGAGGACUACUUCCUGGCUAGUAAAGAACAAUGUGUAGGAACUCAUGGAAGUUGUCCAGACCAAAAGUACCCAGGUGCAAAUAACAGUGUUACUUUGCUAAAUGCAGCUACUGUCAAUGGAUAUAAGAUGAUUACUUUCAGACGACCUCAAAUUGCUUUGGACAAAGAAUAUGACCAGAACAUAUAUUCAGACGGUCCUCAAGCUGUGUUGUGGGCCAUUGGACCAAUCAACAAUCGCGGGGAAGUCUCAUACCAUAAACUGCGUACAGACGGAAAUAUGUUUAUCGAUUUUGCUCGGGCUCCUAAAUGGAACUGUCCAGUUCCUGCUGGUGACUCUGAAUAUUCUUCAACGAAUGAUGACGUCGAAACGGUCUCGGAACUAGAGGGUACUCAAUAUGCUAGUAGUAACACAGAAGUUGAAAAUCGAGCUUGGGAGAUUCCUUCCAUCGUCUGUCCAGCAAAUAGAACGUUCUACGCUCAGAUUGGACCUACUGGUGGAAAGAAAGGCUAUCAAGGCAUCACAGGCCAAGUGGGAUGGGGCAUUGCUUGGUACAUCAAUGGGUUAAUUAUUCCCGAAAUUACGGUGCAGAGAGGAAAAACAUAUACAUUUUACGUGGAAGGAGGGAAUGACCCUGAAAACCCAGCUCGUCAUCACCCGCUUUACAUUACAGAAAGUCCUGAAGGUGGAUUUGAGUACAAAACAAAACCAGAACGAAGAAGAGAAAAGGUUUUUGCGGGAGUAAAGAGAAGUCGAAGAGGACCACACCCUACAGCAGCCGGAAGACUGUGUGAAUGGAAAAUUCCAGUUAGCCAAGAGGAACCGCCAGAAUCAUACUCUACGUUUGCUGAAUUUCAACAGACAUUGAAACUGGAUUGUGCUCAAGGAGAGCCAGCAGUCCUGAAAUGGACUCCAAACGAGAGAACACCAAAUCUCGUAUAUUACCAGUGUUACACUCAUCGGUACCUCGGGUGGAAGAUACACGUGGUUGAUUCAUGUGACGAGACUUUCCAACCGGCUGCUAGUACACUCAGGGUUUACAAUAGUAACAACGAACAAGUCUUGCAGGGUAUAAAGCCCAAGACUAGUCUAACAAAGCUAGAAAAACCUAACACCGCUUUUAAGACUAAUGGACUUCCAUUGUUCGAGGCUUCAGAUGAUGUUAUAUCACCAGAGAUAAAUUUCACAGGAAACAGAAAGCCAGGCAUUAGUCACGAACAAGUCCUUCAUCAUGAACUGUAUGCACCUAGUUAUCAACUGCAUACGCAGGAAAAAGUCAUCAAUAACGAGACUGAAUAUAACAUAUCACAUAAGGACAAACAAUCUGCAACUCAUGAUGUGUACAGUGUACCGCAGAGGGAUACUUCGUCAACAGGUUAUAAUUUACAGCAGUCAUCUUUUCUUAACAAACCAUACAGUGUCCACGGAGACGUUACUAAAAACGCGUCUGUUAAGGAAGAGCAAUAUGUGUACUAUAUCCCUGUGGGUCAGUUAAACAGGGAUUUCCCUCGUGCUCCGGUCCAGGCAAGCCAUUUAUCAACUUUUAGUUCGAGAUCUUCUGAGCCUCAAACUGGGUCGUUUUUUCUUGACAAUUCUAAACACAUUAGUCAUCAUAUCAACAAAAACAAGAAAAGGCAACUGGAACAAAAUGCACCUGUUAUAAAAUUCGAAGGAGGAUUCAGACCUAUACUGACUUCAUAUAGUGAGGAUCGUUUUCCAGAUCCUACAACCCCUCCACCAAAUGACCCAAGGCCAUUCCCAUUAAGCGAACAUGAUUCUGUUCCAUUUCACGGGGCCUUCAAGCCUGGUGAACCUGAUUUCAGCGGGUUUGGUGUUUCUAAGUUUGGUCAAGCAGUAGCAGCACUGCCUAAUGUUCAUUCAAAUAUUGAGAUAAAUCCUCAACAAACAGAAAUAUUUCGAAAACCAGUUUUACCACCUUCCAGUGUUCAACUUCCUUCUGCAGAAGAACGUAGUGACGCUCAUUUACCCGGAACGGCGCACUUCUCACAAAAGCAGCAGCAAGAACAACCUAACUAUGGCAAUGAAAACGAUCAGGAAGUAACUAAUCCCAUAGUUGCCGCUUCUCAGUUGAGUUACAUGUAUGCUGCUCAAGAUACUGGGGGAAAACAUAACCAUGGCAAAGAAACUUCAGAGAAUAUUCCAUUAAAACAUAGUUUAAACACAAGUAAUCAGGACGACUUGAAAAGUCAGCAUAACCAUCCUGGUGCUUAUGAGCUCUCUGUAAACGACGAGAAAGAUGUGUCCCAAUUGACAAACUCCGAUGAGUUAAACUUAAACCCUCAACCCGUUGGUCAUUCAGAAGAUAUAUCUGAAAACUCUUAUUCAGGAUCCUACUAUCAGCUAGCAGAUAUUUAUUCUGAUGCCAGCUCAACGGUAGAAGAAACACAAGGGGACACAGCAGAAGAAUCCUAUGAUCACUACAACAACGAGUUUGGUAAUCACGAAGUCCAGCUUAGCACCAAGAAAAGCAACAGAACGUUGACCGAAGAUUUAUAUCUAUAUCCAAACAGUUAUAAUCCACCUACUGAUCAGCAGUCAACAGCAAAAUAUGGUCACGUAGAAACUCUUCAGUUGCAUCCUACAUACGUUCAGUCUUCAGAAGAAGAUGAGAAGAAUGGCUCAGAUUACAACAUCCUUUCUCAGGUUAUGGACUUGAUUAAUAACCCUGUAAUAAACCACGACCAACUAGGCAGUGAAGAUAACCCUAAGAGCGUAGUUAGAAGGUCAACAAAACUUCUGUAGAACUUGAGGAAACAACAGCAACAUAUAAAUAUAUAUAUAUAUAUAUUCUUAUGUAAUAGCUUCUAUGAGAAGAGAUGCUAAAAUAAUGCAAUAAUAAUUACAAUUAAUAACAAGUUAGUCUUAAUUAUGAGUAACAGGCAAACUGCAAUAAGCUAUCUGUUUGAACAAGCUAC